CUGUUGGAGCCAUGUUUGCCAGGCUGGCUUUGUGCUCUCGCCUGCCACCUAAAAUCCGGCUGACAAAUGUGUGUCUAACAUCCAGCAGAACAUAUUCCCAGACUAAAUUUUUCCUCCCGCGUCCCCACGGGAAGUCCUUCGCCCACCGCAGCGAGCUGAAGCAGGCCAAGCGGAUCGUGGUGAAGCUGGGCAGCGCCGUGGUGACGCGCGGGGACGAGUGCGGCCUGGCACUGGGCCGGCUGGCCUCCAUCGUGGAGCAGGUGGCCAUGCUGCAGAACCAAGGCAGGGAGAUGAUGAUCGUUACGAGUGGAGCCGUGGCGUUCGGGAAGCAGCGACUCAGACACGAGAUUCUUUUGUCUCAGAGCGUCAGACAGGCGUUACACUCCGGACAGAACCAACUCAAAGAUAUUUCGGUUCCAGUUCUGGAGGCCAGAGCGUGUGCAGCUGCAGGACAGAGCGGUYUGAUGGCGUUAUAUGAAGCCAUGUUUACCCAGUACAGCAUCUGCACUGCACAGAUUUUGGUCACGAAUCUGGAUUUUCACGACGAGCAGAAGCGUCGCAACCUGAACAGCACGCUGCACGAGCUGCUCCGGAUGAACAUYGUGCCCAUCAUCAACACCAACGACGCCGUCGUCCCCCCCCCUGUCCCCAACAGUGACCUGCAGGGGGUAAAUGUAAUAAGCAUAAAAGAUAACGACAGCUUGGCCGCACGACUUGCUGUUGAAAUGAAAGCUGAUCUUCUUAUUGCGCUGUCUGAYGUUCAAGGUUUAUACGACAGCCCUCCAGGAACAGAUGAUGCAAAGCUCAUUGAUAUUUUCUACCCGGGGGAUCAGCAGUCCAUCACGUACGGAACCAAGUCCAGAGUCGGGAUCGGGGGCAUGGAAGCCAAGGUGAAAGCAGCGCUCUGGGCCCUCCAGGGGGGCACCUCGGUAAUCAUCGCCAACGGCACGGACCCCAAAGUCACCGGCCACGUCAUCACCGACAUCGUGGACGGGAAGAAGAUCGGCACCUUCUUCUCUGAAGUGAAGCCCGCAGGUCCCACCGUGGAGCAGCAGACGGAGAUGGCGCGGCACGCGGGGCGGACUCUGGCCUCUCUGCUGCCUGAGCAGAGAGGAGAAAUCAUCUGCAGCCUCGCUGAGCUCCUCACAGAGAAGAAGGAUGAGAUUCUCAGCGCCAACAGGAAAGACAUGGAGAUGGCAACAGCAAUGGGUCGUCUGGCGCAGCCUCUGAUCAACCGUCUGAGUCUCUCGAGCUCGAAGCUGAACAGCCUCGCCAUCGGCCUGCGCCAGCUCGCCGUGUCCUCCAGGACCAGCGUGGGCCGAGUGCUGAGACGGACCAGGGUGGCCAACAACCUGGAGCUGGAACAGAUCACCGUCCCCAUCGGGGUCCUGCUGGUCAUCUUUGAGUCUCGUCCCGACUGCCUCCCGCAGGUGUCGGCUCUAGCGAUCGCCAGCGGGAAUGCUUUGCUCCUUAAAGGCGGCAAAGAGGCGUCCAACACCAACAAAAUUCUGCAUCAGCUCACUCAGGAAGCUCUGUCGAUUCACGGCGUGGCAGACGCCAUCCAGCUGGUGAGCACACGCGAAGAYGUCGAGGAUCUCUGCAAACUGGACAAGAUGAUCGACUUGAUUAUUCCGAGGGGCUCGUCCCAGUUGGUCCGGGACAUCGAGAGGGCGGCUAAGGGCAUCCCUGUGUUGGGCCACAGCGAGGGCGUCUGUCACGUCUACAUCGACAGCGAGGCCAGCAUCGACAAAGCUAUCGACGUGGUCAGGGACUCCAAAUGUGACUACCCUGCAGCCUGCAACGCGAUGGAGACCCUCCUUAUCCACAGAGACCUGCUGCGGACCCCCACGUUCGACCAAAUCAUUGACAUGCUGAGAACUGAAGAGGUGAAGAUCCACGCCGGUCCUCGUUUCGCCUCCUACCUCACCUUCAGCCCGUCGGAGGUGAAGUCCCUCCGGACCGAGUACGGGGACCUGGAGUGCUGCAUCGAGGUGGUGGACAGCAUGCAGGACGCCGUGGACCACAUCCACAAGUACGGCAGCUCCCACACCGACGUCAUCGUCACGGAGAACGAAAGCACGGCGGAGCAGUUCCUGCAGCAGGUGGACAGCGCCUGCGUGUUCUGGAACGCCAGCUCUCGCUUCGCUGAUGGCUACCGCUUCGGCCUGGGAGCUGAGGUCGGCAUCAGCACAGCUAGAAUCCACGCCAGAGGUCCUGUUGGUUUGGAGGGACUUCUUACGACCAAAUGGGUCCUUCGAGGAGAGGGACACACCGUGGCUGACUUCUCUGAACAAGGCAGCAUGAAAUAUCUUCAUGAAAACAUCCCUGUCCAUCAGGGAACCUUUAACUAAGUCCUGGAAUCAACGGAGCCACUGUGAGAGGCGUGUAUCAAGAGUUUUUUUUAGAGGUUUGUGUCUCAGUAGCUUUUUCACAGGAUAGUUUCUGCUUUAGCACAUGUGGAACGUAAACGCUGAAUUGGAAGCUACUUUUAUGUGAACCUGUGCACGGACACACAAACACCCCCAUAGAAACUGAGCGGUUAUUAAAUAAUUUAUCAACCAUCCUAAAAACUGUAAGAACAUGAAUCCUUGGCCCAAUUGUGAUUUUUCUAAUUUAUUUUUCUACAUUCAAACUAUUCCCUUUGUUUUGUUACAGAAACUGGUGUUUGUCUUUGAUUUGGGUACUUUCCCCCYUCUUUGCACAUACUGUUAAAUAAAGUGUACAGUUCUUAAAUCCUAAA